CAGCUGCAAAUUUAUGCAAAACAGUAAAAGCACCACCAGCACCACCAACACCACCGCUGCUGCUGCACAGCUAAAGAAAGGAGCAGCAACCAGGAGCUCCGGACACCGUCCAGCCGCCUGGAGUCGUUCUGCAGCGGGUAGCCGGGGCUGAGCAACCCGGACCGGGGACGGUAAGCACGGAGCGAGAGCCCCGUUAACGAGCCAGACAGCUGCAGCGGCUAACGGGAUGCUAGGAGGAGGAGGAGGAGGAGUAGCCUCCGCAGCCAUGGAGACGGACGGAGAGCAGAACCAGCAGGGGGGCUCGACCAAUGGGAGCGCUGCGUCUGGGACGAGCUCCCGCCCCUCGCCAAUGAAUUCCAUGUCUCUGUAUGAAAGACAGGCGGUGCAGGCCCUGCAGGCGUUACAGAGGCAGCCUAAUGCAGCUCAGUACUUCCAGCAGCUGAUGCUGCAACAGCAGAUCAACAACGCCCAGCUGCAGAACCUGGCAGCCGUGCAACAGGUAAAGGCCACUCUGGCAGCCAGUCGUCAGUCAAGUCCUUCCAGCAGCGGCUCUUCUCAGACCACCAGCACCGCAGCUGCCAUUGUAACAUCUGGAUCUACAACCAGCAGCCGUCCUAUCGGCGCCCCGACGACGUCCACAAUCAGCCAAUCAGUGCUGCUCAGUGGGACGGCGGGGGGGCAGGGACAAAUGUACCUGAGGGUCAACCGCUCCCUGAGGGCCCCCAUCUCCUCACAGCUCAUCUUUAUGCCCGGCAACACGGCAACCGCUGCCGUGGCAACCGUCACCCAGCAGCCACAGGCUCAGCAACAGCAACAGGAAGUAACACCAACUUCCUCUUCCAGCAGCCAAUCCGAUAAUGACCAGGUGCAGAAUCUAGCCAUGCGAGGUGUGUCCAGUCCCAAAGGUGUUGGUGUUAAGACUGAAGCCCCAGAGAGGAGUGACUCAGCUGCCUACUCCCUGGUCCAGCCCUCCCACCAGUUGAACUCCCAGUCCCCCACUAAGCCCAGCCAGCCACAGCACCAGCCGCCCCACAUCAAAAUCCCCACGUACCCUCAGCCCACCAACCUCAAAGCCCACCCCUCCUCCUCUGGUGCCUCCUCCACCUCCUCCACCUCCUCCAUACCUCUCUCCCAGCUCCUGCUUCACGGAACCCGGACUCUCACCACAGGAACCACAGUUCCCACAUCAGCACACACUCUGGUCCUGACGUCCAGCGCAGCAUCCCAGGCCCACGGGUACCCCGUUGGCACGGCGACCAUCAAACCAGCGGUCAACGCUCAGACGCUGGUGGUGCAGCCUCUGCAGAAGACCUCGCUCAGCGCGGAGAAAUCAGGCCACGGCAAUGGACCCAUCCCCAUCCAACCCAAAACCCUGCAGGGGCUCCGCCUGCCCCUCCAGCUGCCUUCUAGGAACCCCCCUCCCAUCCUGCCCGCCCCGCCGCCCGUCAGUAGCUCCGCUCAGCCCCCCCAGCCGCCGCACAUCCCGGUCCAGAUCGUGGGCGCGAGGCAGAGCACGCUGGGAAACGCCCAGGCUCUGGCUAUGGCCCGGGGCAGCUGCUGCCAGGACGGAGCCGCCGUCCUCAGCAGCUCGUCCAGCCUGCUCACCAUGGUGGCGUCCAUCGCUUCCAGGGAGGCCGGGGUCGUGGGCCGAGGGGUGGGGCUAAAGACGCUUCAGUCGCCCCAGGAGGCUCCCCCGUUGGCUCAGGUCUCUCAGGUGCAUCCACAGGCCAAUCAGAGCUCUGGACAGAGUCAGAACGGACCCCUCGCUUUGAUCCCCGCCUCCUCCCAGGCCUCUGCGGUCUCCUCUCCUCCUUCCUCGAUGUCCCGCUCCUCCCUCUCCCUCCCCCUGGUGACGGCAGAGCAGAGAGGAGCAUCAGCUGCUGUCACCACCAAUGGAGACUCAUCAGGAAGUCAGACACCACAGGGAAAGCAGUUGACUGGCUCUCUAAAAAGAAAAUCAGACUCCAACUCAGCCAAUGAUGAAGACGGCCCCUCCCCUCCACGGCUCCAGCCAGUCAGAGAUCACGCCUCGGCACUCCCGACCAAUCCCAUCGAAGCAGGCCCGGGUGCUCCUCCUCCAGCCUCCUCCUCUCCCUCCCCGGUGCUGUCAGUGUCCCGUGGGGUCUGCCAGGGGGAGAGAGCUCCUCCCCCUCAAGCUGUGGUGAAACCCAACGUCCUCACACACCUCAUAGAGGGUUUCGUCAUCCAGGAAGGGGCAGAGCCUUUCCCUGUGUGUGGUUCAGUAAAGGACUCGGCUAGUGAGGAUCUGACAGACAGUCUGGACACUAACCAAUCAGAGACUGUUACAACAGCGACAGUGCUGAAGUGUGAGUACUGUAAAAACUUUGCUCCUGCCAGCCAGUUCAGAGGCACCAAAAGGUUCUGCUCCAUGUCUUGUGCCAAGAGUAUGUAUUGGUUCCCCAGGUACAACGUCAGCUUCAGGCAGCACUUCUGCAUGCGGCAGGGUCAAAGUCAAGGUCAAGAUCACGCUCUGGAUCAGGAUCAAGGCCAAGAUCACCUCUCCAACUCAGACGAGGAGGGAGGAGUUACCAGGCGGAGGGUCCCCCGCAGGACUAGCUCAGAAAUAGCCAGUGCCAAGAUAGCAGGGAGACCCAUACCUGUCAAGUGCCGUUCAGAGUCCAGCCAUUCAGAUGAGGAGUCCAGUGGAGAGGAGGAUGAAGAUGACCCCAUGUCCCUCUCGCCCGUCUCCUCAGCCUCUUGCCACCAGCCUCCUCCUCCUCCACUCCCGACAGAAAGCUCUGCAGCCAGCUGCCUGCCUGCCAGCCCUGGCCAGUGGAGUGUGGACGAAGUGUCACAGUUUAUUUCAUCACUACAAGGCUGCGAGGAGCUCGCCUCCCAGUUCCUGUCGCAGGAGAUUGACGGACAGGCCCUACUGCUGCUGAAGGAGGAGCACCUCAUGUCCACCAUGAACAUCAAGCUUGGUCCUGCCCUCAAGAUCUGCGCCCACAUUAACACCCUGAGAGACUGAGGAUGUCAGUGUUUCCAUACAUGUUCAAAGUCAAGCCCUGGGCAUUUACCCCUAACUCCUGAUCCUUACCCAGUUCACAUGUGAACCUGGUUCCAGAGCAGUCCGAGUCCUGCAGGUGAAUGUAUGAGGUACAGUUCAUUUUCACAACAAAGCCAAGGCUCUUUAGCUCUUAGUAGCUGCAGCUCUUCAAUCUGUUGUUGAUUUGUCCACUCGGAAGCACAUUUUUAAAGUAUUGUAAAUCUAUCAAAACACUACAGAUUACCAACUAGAUUUUGGUUGAAAUAAAUACACGUUCCCUAAAAUGCUAUUUCUGCCCAAAACCAGUGCUUGCAGUCAGAAAUAGUUUUCACCAAGUGGUUUCAUUUUGCUUUUUAGUUGCACAAUUCCAGUCGUAUAGCUGCAUUGUAAAAUCUAGAAAUGCAGAUUUUGAAUGUAUUUUCAAUGCAGAAGUCACUGGUAGUGUUUAAAAAGUUAGAUCCAUAGCACUUGCACAGGAAUCCCACGUUAUGUACAAAAUAGGGCUGCUCUUUCCACAGCCUUUGACCUAGGCUGUGCUUAUCUUAUUUACAUUUUUGUUACUGCUUUUCAUUCAUUGUAUCAUAUUGUACAGGAAAAGUAUUUUUGACAGAUUUGCCCACUUCUUUGUAUUCUUUUCUUUGAGAACAAUGUUGCUUCUCAUAGAGACAAACUCUCGUGGCUUUUUCCUGAAACGUGUUUUUGAUUGCAACUCUUGUUAUUUAAGCCACGACAGAAAUACAGGAAAGAAACACGCAGAAUUGAAUUAAAGGAACAGUGUGUAGGAAUAUAAUAUUAA